AGCGAAAUUGUCCAGCAGCACCACUGCCGGGGCUGCUGAAGCCGCGUGUGUUGUUGUUAUUUUCCUUUUUUUUCUCCACACACACAACAUACCAACCUACCUUUUCCCAGUCAACAACACUUCUUCUCUCGAACCACACUUCUCCGGCCGCCGGCUUCGACUGCUCUGACUCUAUCGCUCUUUAACCGCACCGUCGUCGUCCGUUUCUUGCAAAGUCGCUCAGUCUCUCGACGUACGCUCAAGGGUGAACACCUGUUGCUGCUUGUAGGCCGGGUCUUGAUCUGUUUCGGCUUAACUCGGCUUGUUUGUGCAGGACCUGAUCGCGACCUUCCUUUUUUUUCGGGACCUUUUUUUGUUUUGCUUCAGAUGUUCGGCGCUUUAAUCGUUCAAUUACGGUUGCUAAUUUGCUUUCGCGUUUAAGCUUGCCGCAGUGUUGUUGCUCUGAAGUUGCGAGGUGUUGCUGCGGAGAAGUGCGGCGAAGAGAAAGAAGACGGCAGCAAAACAAAAACAGUAAUCAACUCUAGCCGCAUCGGUACGCUGAUUCGGCUUGGAGCAGCUUUCGGAGAAGAAGUUGUGCGGCGAAGAGUGUACGAGAGGUGUUCAGGGAAGCCCUGAAGUUGAUUGGCUCGAGGAGGAAGAAGCAGCUGUGAAGAAGUGUGCGCUGAACGAUUUAAUGUGGAUUAUCAGUCAAUCGAGUGCUAAGCGAGUCGAGCCUUCUCUUCCGUUUGAUUGGUGUGAGUGUUGAACACAGUUGUUCAAGCAUUCAGGAAGUCACGUUCAGCUUCUUCAGCUGAUUGACUAAUAGGAUGAGCCGUAAUCAGCUAACUUAGCUGCGGAAAGUGACCGCGUAUCAACGAGAGUUAACGAUCAACUCCCUGUUGUUGUCAUUCUGUCAGAAGUGGAUUAUCCGCGAAGCCCGUGACGCGUUCUGCGGACUUCAGCACGUUCUCUGACUCUCUGGGAUGUCGUCGUCGUAGGUCGCCGGUCAACGACGCGCGAGUCACGUUUCGACGAAGGAAUUUUUGUGCAGCUUGUUUCUUCUUGCUGCUGUUCAAAGCUGAAGGUCUUCGGCGCUGAGCUAGGCAAGAAUCGACGGUGAAGUGUGUGAACUCACGUUGACAACAAGUUCUGCUGCAGGUAUUGCCUUGACGCGGCGAUUUGUGAUAAGAAUGUGUUACAGUUUGCACUUUGGCUGCAGGCUAUAAUUUUGCUGAAGAAGGUGACGAAAGUGUAGAACCCAGUCGAUGGUCUGACCGUGUGAAGAAAGCUCAAAAAGGUUGAAAACUUGGCGAGGAAAAGACGGUGUGUGUUGUGAUAUCGAGUGAGCUGUCUCGUACUAGUUUUCAAGCAAGGAAACUUCUUCCAGUCAUGUGUGAACAUCAAUGAUCAUAAAGCUUAGAAACCCAUUUUGAGUGCUUCCAUCCCAAUGGGCCCCCACCACCGAAGACAAGGAAGAACAAAACGACCAUAAUUAAAACGGCUUGGUCCAUAAAAUCCGCCACAGAAAAAAAAAACUGUGAUUUUUGAUGGCCUUCGAUGCCUGCAGAUUGGGUGCGUUGGGUGGAGGGAUGUGCCUUAUGAAGUUGUGCAACCAUUAGGAAGAGAGAGGGGUGGGGGAAAAAGAUGAGUAAUGAAAAUUUAAUUAGUGAUUUCAAGAAUUGAUCCCCCGACGGAGGGUCGUAAAAAUUACUGCAGAACAAACACAACCAUCGGUGGCUAGGUUUUUUACGCGGAGUUUUAUCUCCAAGUUGGGUGGAUCAUCUGCUUCGUUAAACUGAUUUUUUUAGUGGUAUAAACGGUGAAAAAGGAAGCGAGAAAAAGGAAGAAAAAUCUUGGAUUUAUUAACAACCUCACUCAGUGCAAAUUUGUUCGCCAAACGGGAAUUCCUUGGAAAACGGUACGACCCAACCUCGGCGAGACCUCGAGAGACCCCGGAAUCAGUUAAUUGGAUUAAAUCUUGUUAAUGAUGACGUGACCCUCGGCGCAACCCAACUCAACGCAAGGAUGCGUUUGUUCAAAGCCAAAAAGCUCCCAGAUAUCGCCAGCGCAACUUCGGAACCUGCCAGCACUUCAGAACCCGCAGCAGCUUCCAGUGGCAACCCCCUGACCCGUAAUGACAUUAUCAUUGCGAGCAGCGCCCAAUCAGCCACGGCUGGACCGCCCUCGCCGGCAGUGACAGUGCCAACCGACAACUCAUCAACGUCAACGCCACCGCCACGGGUGACAAUCUCAUCGACAACUGGCAACACUGCCGGUGGUGACAGCGGGAUGGCCAGCGCCACAACGCCACAUGCGAAUGAUAAAAUUUGCACAAUUAAUAACAAAACCGAGAAUAUUAGAUUAUCGUCGGAGAUGGCACGCAAUCAGGGGCUGGUGGGGGCGAGCUUCAACGGGCUGUCAGGCCAGCCGCAUCCGAUGCAUCAUCAUCAACCGAAGCAGCAGCCCGGGAACAUCAACGGCACGGCAGCACUGGGGCCGCUAAUUGGCAGGAACGGGAUCGGUCCCAUGCCCGGCUACAAAGUGGUCACCGCCGUUCCUGUCAUGGUGCUGGACGAAGACCAGCAGCAUAGCUCAACGCCAACGCCAGCGACAGCUCCACCUCCGCCCUCUUCAAUCGUGGCUGUUGCAUCCUCCAAAGAGAGCAAAAAUGUGUUUACAUGGGGUCGUAAGAUGGGCAAAAAAUUCGACCUGCUACGCCGCGGUAGUGACGCCCAGAAACUUCCUUCGCCAACAUCAACAACCCCCACGACUCCGUCAUCCCCGAACGGCGGCACCACCGGCUGCGUACCAAUCUUCAACUCGGACACAAUCAAAAAGAGCAAAACCAUCCCGCUGAAGGCUUACCAAAGUUCGGAUCCGCUGGUCAAGCUAAACAGUGAGCGGAGUUCGGGGACGUUCAAGAACUUCUUCUAUCGCAUGGGCUCGACUGGGAUGCUGAACCACAAGUCGAACCAGCUCCAGAAGAAUCCUGCCCAGAGUCAGCAAAGUCAACCGGCCAAGCAGGAACAGCCCGUGCCAUCGCAGCUUGGGUUCAUGCACAAGAGCAAGAUGGACUCGAAUCACCAGACUCUGUACAGGAGCAGCUCGACGAGCCAGUUGAACUCGUGUUCUUACAUCAAGUGUGACGAUCCGACGGAGGGAAUCAAUCUUGCGAAUGGAAUCCACAAGAAUGCGGCUAGUAGUACAAAUUUGAACAUGGAGCAGUCUUCCCAGAAGCAAUCUCAAGCUACGAAGUCGUCCAGUUGUGACGACAUUGCUCGAGUAGCAACCCAGGAACAAUUAUCCAAGAAGAACCACUUUCCGUACGCUUUUCUCCGGUCCAAGCUGUCCGUCCUUCCGGAAGAAAACGGCGGAUCGGUCAUCAACUACAACCGAAUCAAGGAGAAUCUCCUGCGCUCCGGCAACCGAGGAUCGGUGAUCAGUUUGCGAUCCGACCUGGACAACAUCUCAAUCACCGACUCCCAGCUCAACAUCUCCGACAACGGGGACGUGUUCCUGUCCGCCACCGAGUCCAAAUCCUUCACGGUCAGUGACAUCGGCGGAAUGUCCCGCAACAACUCGAUCAAAACCCUCACCGACGAUUCGCACAGCUUCGUCAGCAACUACCAAAGACUGAGCAGCUGUCUCAGCAGCAACGAGUCCGGCUACGACAGCGAUGGCCGCCACGCCGAAGACAAACUCGACCCGGAAGGAACCUCCUCCAUCCCACCAAACACCACCAAUAACCUGUCCGUCCACCACGCCGCCGUAGAUUCGUACGCGGACGCCAUCCGGAGCAAGGACCAGUCGUACAUGUUCGGCAGUCGGCGCCGGAUGUCCUCGUCCAGCUCGGUCUGCUCGAUGCAGAACCUGGACUGUGGACCGGCUGGUGGAAGUGGGAAUGGAAGCGCGGGCAGCUCGAUACGGCGCCGGUUUCGGCAGAUCAAGCUAGAAAAGUGUCACCACGAUGAGGUGAUUGGUAUCGACCUGACGCCGCAGACGGUCACCAUGGACGAGGGUGACUGCUGCGAAACGCGCUUCCUGGUGACGGAGAUCGAUCCGGAGGGGAUCGCGUACAGGGACGGCCGCCUGCGGAUCGGCGACGAGAUUGUCAACGUAAACGGGCACCAUUUACGUGGCCUGCAAUCUCCCAGCACGGUACAGCGCAUCCUAUCGACGUUUGUCAACAACAUUGUAGACCUUGUCAUUGCGCAUGACGAGCUAACUACGUUCAGCGCCGACCUGCACCGCAAGAUCAAGAUCGACGGCUCCAAGCUGGGCGGCGGUCAUGGCCUUGACGGUCUUGACGGUGCGGGUUCGGGGACGCCACAACACCCGAGACUUCAGCAGCAGCAGACGACCCUCGUCAACUGUUCCACGCCGUCGGCUCGGAAGGGACCGUUUUGCCCGAUGACCCCGAUGUACUCACCGGUGGACUACGUGCCGGUGUACGCCAAUCGGAUCUCGAUCUCGAACACGAUCUGCGACGACGAAAAGUGGCAAAUGCUGAGCAAGCAGCGAAGCGAAGCCCUCGGCAAGAACCACGGCUACUCGCACAUUUUGGGCUCAAAGCGCGUCAUCAAGGAUAGCGACGAAGACAUCGUGAUCGUUCCGCACCAGCAGCAGCAUCAACAGCAGCAACCUCCGCCACCUCCCUCUACGGUACAAGCCAUGCCGAACGGUGCCCACAUGCUGUACCGACCCGUGUCCCAAUCGAAUCUCAGUCGUCACUCAUCGAUCGCACAUCUGGCCACCGGAACCGGAACCAACGGGGAUGACGAUGAGGAGACGGCCCUGUCCCGACCCAUCACCAUGGUUGAAGUGAUUUCAGACACCAUCCGGCGGAAUGUCCCCUUCGGAAGCAUCAGCAGUAGCAACCGUGGUGCCAACCCGGACUACCGGUCGAUCAAGAUCAAGAACCCGGAGGACGUCCCAAAGACAGUACAAAGAAUUCGGCUCAAGUCUUUCACCGAUUCAAAUGGGGCCGCGUCGGACGGGGGAAGUUCUGGGAUUGGAGAGGACGUAGUGGACGGAGGAGCUGGUGGUGGUGGGAAUCCGCUGCAGAGGUCAAAGACUGAGCAGAAUGUCUGCAGCAGUGGCGGCAGUCGGGAUGAGCUGCUGGACUGCUCGAUGGAUGGCACCAAGUACGAGUCCGGGGUGCGGAUUCUGAUCAACGAGGAAGGCAUCCACACCAAGUGCACUUUCCUGACGGUGACGUACUACAAGGGCGCCGGCAUGAAGUCGCUCGGCUUCAGCAUCGUCGGCGGCCGGGACUCGCCCAAGGGCAACAUGGGCAUCUACGUGAAGACGGUCUUCCCGAGCGGGCAGGCCGCGCUCGACGGCAACCUGAUGGCCGGUGACGAAAUCAUCUCGAUCAACGACGUCGCCGUACACGGGAUGAGCCACGCCGAAACGAUUGGCCUGUUCAAGAACAUCAAGGAGGGUCCGGUGGUGCUUAAGCUAACAAGGCGAAAAUAUCAACGCGCCAAAUCCGUAGACAACUUGCCCAACUGAGAUUUCAAGUGUCUUUAAACCCUGACACCGUCCAGCACUUUCGGCUAAAUCUGUCUGCCGCCGCCGCCGUGCCAAAAAUGGAGAUUCUGCGCCGGGUGUCUGUUUUGAUUUGUUGACCCCCCUCCCACACGCCCAAGACACACCACAAAAAUGAUUAUAUUUAAUUUUUCUGUCUCGUUUAUCGUUUUCGGAUGUGCUAUUUCCAGGUGGUGGCGCAAGCCUCCCCCACACAGAUACACACACACACACACCCGUGGCACAUACACGCAUCCUAUUCUAGUCACUUUCUCGUACUGAACAAAAAAAUGUAAAACGUUGAUUUUCUUAACAUGUUAGUUAAAUUGAUUUCGUGGAAGCUUGAUUAAGUGGUGUAGAUUAGCAGCUAAUUUCUUCUCGUUUACUUUACUUUAGGGACUAAAGCAGUUUAGGUUAAGGCACACACACACCCCCACACACACACGUUCACGACAAAAUCAAAGAUUAUUUUCGCAAGUUUGUACAAACUUUAUUAAGGUAAUUUAACGUUGCAAUAAACAGAGAAAAAGAUUUCACUUCA